AUGAUCCCUCCCGCUUCAAACAAGAAUAGAUUCAAACAAAAAUGGACUAAGAUAAAGUUGAGGUUUAGAAAAAACAAGAAUCAUGAAGUCGAUGACCAGGUUACCAUUGUUGUCAGAAGCUCGUACGAUAGUUACCUGAGAUGUGUUGGAGAGAAAUUACCCUUAGACGAGUUGACAGAUAUAGCAACUCAAAUACACCAUCAACAAACACCACCUUUUAAGGAGAAAAUGACCUUGGAAACAGCAAAACGUAUUGAAAACAAGCAGGAAAAGCCAGACCAAACGGUAGAGCUACUGUGUUCGGUAAUUUCAAGUCCGAGGCAGCCCCAGCCCCAGCCCCAGUUCCAGCUCGAGUCUCAACAAUUACCAUCUUAUCCUCCUCCAAAAUAUCAGCCCCGAUCAAUCCCCCAAACAAUCAAGUACAAAUCGCAACUAAACCAAUACUUGCUAGAGAAAGCCAACGACCCUAAACCUUAUACAAGCAUAUCGUCGUAUUACAUGAACCUACAUAAUAGUUUUGCAAAUUAUUAUUUGAUUGUUCAGAAUGGAUCUUAUCAGUGUGUCAAUUAUAAACUGCUAGAGCCAGAAAUCGAAGACAGCAGCAGGAUGUUUAAGUGCCAUUAUCGGUAUUUUUAUGGUUUUUUUGUAUUAUAUAUAUCUAUUUUUGUGAUUUACAUUUAUGUUGUCACAGCACAAGCUAUAUAG